ACCAGGUACCCAACCGAACUGAGUUAUCUACCAGAAGUCAAAAGUCGGCAGUUAUUGCAACUCUCCAGCAUGGCAAGACUUAUCGAUCUUCCCGUCGAAUUGCUACAAGAAAUUGGAAAUGCUCGAUUUGGUAAUUAUCCAGUUCAGCAAUAUUUUAUUGACAAACAUGAAGAUGACAAGUUGGCUCCUCUCAUAUUACGCACACGCGACCUACUCAGCUUGACGUUUACCUGUCGGGCAUUCUACGAAGUCUUUCACCGUCUUCUGUACAUAUUUGGCGCGAAGUGCCGACGUCACAACCUUUUUGACAGGGCGGCAGAGGCGGGAAACUUGAUUGCCUUGAAACGGGCUGUAUCAUUCAAACUAGAACCAAUCCUUCUCUCUUAUGAUGAAAACAAGUCUCCCUGGGCAGACCUUCUGGAUACCGCUUGUGAGUAUGGCCAAAGAGAUGUCGCUGAAUGGCUAUUGGACCGCGGUGUGCCACUCGAGGAGGAGGAAUGGUUAGACCGAGACGCCCAAGUAACUUUAAAAGCUUGUGAGCCACUGAUGUUAGCAAUGAAGAAGCGCUAUGAUGAUGUAGCUAUACUCUUGUUAUCUAGGGGUGCUAACCCUUUGCCCACGACUGAGAGGGGUACCUCCAGAUCAUUAUUACAUUACGCUGCGGGCUGGAAUAUGAUACAUCUCGUGGAGUACCUUGUGGGGGAAAUGGGCUUAUCUAUCGACUUGCCGGAUUAUAAGGAAUUCACUCCCCUUCGAUAUAUGAUGAGAUAUACGAAAACCCCUGACACCGACACAGCAAUGAUAAACAAGCUAAUAGAGCUUGGGGCGGAUGUCAAUACCGAGGUUUAUGGAGAGCUUCCACUUACAUCGGCAAUUACAAGAGGAAAGUACAGACACGCAAUAAUAUUACUCGAGGCCGGAUCGAAGGUUAAGCCAAAUCGCCCAUUUCGGAACGUAAAGGGCCCUCUCCAAGCUUUGAUUUGGAGUACGAAAACUAUCAAUACAGGGAACAAGCGCGCUACAGGAUUUAUAAUAAUAAUGGAUCGUGAGAGAGGGCAGCUUGGACCCUGUACUAUUUCCAAAUUCGAGGCACAAAAGACUGUGCUCCAGAAACUGGUAGAUGCGGGACGCACGCCAUUAGAAGAAGCAUUCCUACAUGGGUCUAAGGAUAAAGAGUCCGUAGAUGCAAUCGGUCUCCUAGGAUUGUACUUGAAAGAUUUCUCCAAGAAAAUUGAAUUUUUGCUGGAAAAUGGUGCUAGGAUAGACAUUCCUCUGUCUAAUGGCCAGACAUACUUCCAAUGGCUUAUCGACUUCAAGGAUUACUACAAACUGAAAUGGUUGGGCAAACUCCUAGCUCUGGUAAGCAAGUCUAUGGAUAAGUCUAUGCUUGAUCAGAAGCAUCUGAACAGCGUUCUCCAAGAAGCCUAUAAGGCUAUCCACGGGCCAGAGAAAGGGAGGUACUUUUAUAUAGCAGAUGUCCUCGAAAUGCUCAUCCCCUAUGGUGCUGUAAUCGAAGACCCCGCCGAUAUGGACUGCCUUACAUUGUGGUCGCUCGAGUGCGAUUCUCUCCCUGACUCGCUUAUUCCAAUGUUCAACUCGCGCAUACCAGACGAAAAUUUAUCAGACUUGCUCAUCGAAGCUUUGGAAAGGGGCUCUCCAAAAUGGAUCGACUAUCUACUUGAUCGCAUAGAACCCAAUUUCGAUGCUUCACGUCGGAAUCCUCAAUGGAUACGUAAGGCGGUCGAGUAUAGCAAAGCUCCAGCAAUUACAAGGCUGCUACAGGGAAUCUCGGCUUUGGAUAUAAACCAUGUAGCCGAGGACGGAAUGACGCCGCUAGUACGCUCGUUCCGUUUAUUUGGGACGGAUCAUUUAUGGAAGGUGUUGUUGGAAUAUGGCGCCGAUCCGUUUCUAUCAGCAAAGCACCCCAUUUGUGCUAAUAUGAAUAGCAGCGAUUUCGAUCUAGGUAUUGAUUACCAUAUUGUUCGAGAAGCGCAAGGCGUCUCGGCUUUCGAGAUCAUGUUACACUAUCAUCCCUGGGAUAUAAAAGAAUUCUGGGAUGCAAGUACUGCUAAAGAUCGACCUGACCCGAGAUUAUUUGUCUCGUGUUUAGAUGGAUGGGAUAACUUCCGGAAAAAGUCUGAGACGAUCGAAUGGAUGAAGAUGACCAGCGUGGGAGAAUAUUUCUCUAGUUGGGUGGCGUUGUUGGCAGAAAUUGACACGGAGGAUGGCGGGGAAUACACAGAAUAA